AUUUGUUAUUAUGUAAGGUUUCAACAAAUCUUUUUUCUUAUGUAACAGAUUUCAACAAAUCUCGUUUUCCGUCAAGUGUCAACAGGUUUUCACACAAAUAUUAAAAUAUCAUUCUAAAUAAAAGUAGGAAAAUAUAGAAUCCUAUUCCUUUUCCUAGAAACAAAUUUUAAUCAUCUAAAAUCAAUUAAAAUAUUAUAAAUUGUAUAAUUUAUUUUUAGAGCAAAUUUACAUAUUAUUAAACUCAAUGAUAAAUAGGAAAAUACUUUGAAUAAAGGAAAGUAUAUGAAUUUUGGAAAAUCAAGGGAUGAUUUGUUUUUUUUUCUCGAACCUUCCUUUUUGCGUUUAUAGCUUCCCCUAUAAAUACCUUAGUCUCUGUUUCAUUAACAAUUACAAAUUUCAUUCUGAUUUACAAUCCUCUAGACUACAUCAGAAAACAAAACCUAAGAGCUUAACCAAAACCAAUGGCGAUUAUCUCUGAGAUGCAAGAGGAGAAGAGACCCUCGGUGCCGUUCGAGGCAAGUCUUGAUCCUUCAAACCCUCUAGGGUUUUUGGAGAAAGCUUUUGACUUUAUCGGGAAAGAGAGCGACCUUCUGUUGAAAGAGUCGGCAGAAAAGGAUAUCGCCACCGCUGUGACGGCCGCCAAGAAGAGGUUAAGUGAAGCAGAGAAGAAGAAGGUGGAGAAGGAGACCGUGAAGCCCAUUGAGAAGAAGCUGACGAAGAAGAGUGCGCCUCCGAUGGAGCCCAUGGAGGUGGAGAAGCCAAAGAAGGAAAGCUUGAAGCCCACGGAACCUAAGGAGGAAGCGAAACCGAAACCCAUUGUUCCUAACAAAGGCAACGGUCUUGAUUUUGAGAAGUACUCAUGGACACAGAAUCUCCAGGAGGUCACAGUCACCAUUCCAAUCCCCAGCGGCACCAAGUCACGCUCCGUCACCUGUGAGAUCAAGAAGAACCGUCUGAAAGUUGGUCUCAAAGGACAAGAUCCCAUCGUCGAUGGAGAGUUCUUCAAUGCUGUCAAGCCAGACGACUGCUUCUGGAACAUCGAGGAUCAAAAGGUCGUAUCGGUGCUCUUGACAAAGCAGGACCAGAUGCAGUGGUGGAAGUACUGUGUGAAAGGUGAACCCGAGAUUGACACUCAGAAGGUUGAGCCAGAGAGCAGCAAACUGUCUGAUUUGGACCCGGAAACUCGGAGCAGCGUGGAGAAGAUGAUGUUUGAUCAGAGGCAGAAGCAGAUGGGACUCCCGACGAGUGAUGAGAUAGAGAAGCAGGAUAUGAUGAAGAAGUUUAUGUCUCAGCAUCCCGAGAUGAACUUCUCUAAUGCAAAGUUUAACUGAUCUUAAUUCCUUGUUCUCUCUUUUUAAUUUUUUUUAUUUGAACUAUCAUCUUGUUAUGGCUUUAAGAUUUAAUCUAGCCUUUUGGUUUUGUUGAAGACAGUUGUGAUUCGGUUAAUAAACCAUUCUGGAAAACUUUUAUUUGGUUAUUGCUUAAUUAUGUGUUCAAAAUUGGUUUGCUUAAAAAGUCUUCUAGGCCAAGUAAAGAGUCUGGUACUGUUAACAAGUACUGAGACAAGAAAGCUCACACCUCGCAUAUUGGUGGUUCUAUAUCUACCAUGAUCAGUUGUCAAUCAAUGCCUAUAAAAUAGAAAUAAAAUGAAUUACACAAAGGAUAUAACGUGCACGGAGACUGCUGCAUUCAACACUGAUGUUGUAGACAAUGGCCAUAUCACUAAGCGAAAAAACUUCAUGUGACAAAUGUUGAAUGUUGCAUGUCUAUUCUAGUGUCUACUACAACCACCUACUCCUACUCCAACUACUACUACUACUUAAUCUACAAAAGUAGUAAUCAUCUUGAUUAUUGUCUACUUAAUCUGAACAUUAAUGUGUAUUCUCUUUUUUUUUAACACUAAUGUUUAUUCUUUACACACAAAAAAAAACAAAUGACGCUCGGCCUGUCUACAUUACAAAGGCAAUAAGGGGAGCCAAAGGUACAGAACUUUUUCAUAAGGUAUGCUCCAAAAUUCACAUUUGGCCUCUACUUUUCAUCUGUACACUCUCUCUGCUCAAUUUCUACUUGCAGGAAAAAAACCUCAAUCAAAAAAUGAAUGCAGAAACUGGGCUAGAGUUUCGGUUCAUGCAAGAUUGUUCCUACAAGCUCUCUGAUGAAACGGUUUGUCUCUGUUUCUGGCUUCUCAAAAUUGAGUCUUUCUAGGCAGAUGAAAAGGUUGAGUCUUGUUCUGCUGAUGCUUGUUAGCAAAAAAAGAAAAAGAAAAAACUAAACUUUAUACUCAGAGAGUAUAACUUGAAGGAAACAAAGUUUGGAGUUGUGAUCUUUGUACUCUUUUGGUCUGUUUUAGCUCAUGUUGUGUUGAUCUUUCUUUCUUAUGAUUUUGGAGAAGAGAGUGACCUUUUCAAAGCCCCUGAGCUGACUGUUGAAGAGCCAAUGCUAGCCGUUGAUCCUCUCUCUCUAGAAAUAGUUGAACUCAUUCAGCGAUCUCGGUUCGUUGCAACCAUAUGUAUCCCAGUGUACCGUUUUGUUGGAAACUGAUUUAUAGGUUUUUUUUGGUGUAUGGUUGCAGUAUGCUUUUGCAGGAAGGCUCUUGCAGACAAUCAACCAAGGAUCACAGGAAGGUUUACAAAAAACAGAGGUCAGAAAUGAGGACUAUUAGUUUAGAUCCUAAAGAUGAGCAAGAAGAAUAGUUUGGUAAUGCAAUGUCUUCAGAACUAUACGGGUGGGUUUGUCUGAAUAAGCAUAAGGAGUAAGGGUUAGGAAGAGAAACAACUUGUAGUGUAGGUUACUCAAGUGAUAUGCUGAUUAUAUAUUAGAUCUUGUGAUGCUCUGUCUCUAAAAAGUCUAACUGUAUAUAUAUAUAUAUAUAAUAUAAGCGGUUUGAUAUUCGUUCUAUAGCUUGAGCAUAUAUCUAAUAAUAGUUGACGUAUUUAGCUUUUGUCAUUUGAAGAAUGAUUAUGAAUGUACAAACUACAAAGGGAUAAGAUUUUGAAAACAUAGAAAACGAGAUGCGUGGUGUACGCCAAAUUGCUAUGCAAGGAUUAUGAGCCUAGGAGAUGAGGAAAGCAGGAUUGUCCUCAUCGCCAAGACCACCAAUGUAGCUGUGGGAGACUACAAAGAACAGUUUAUCAAAACAAAUACUAUAGAGAAUUGAUUAUUAGACACAUAAUAUGGAUACUAGAUUUUGAUCCGCGCUUUAAAAGCGCGAGUUUUUCUUUGGAUUAUAUACAAAAUUUGUGAAUUGAUAUUUUGAAAAUAUUGUAAAUUAUUAUGUUACAAAAUCAUAUGAUAUCAAAAAGAUAAUUUAUUUAAACUAUAUAAUUCAUGAAUUAGUUUAUUUAAGAUUUUGUAUGUAUUUUUUUUGUUCAAAUAUAUGUAUACUCUUAUAUAACUCUCUCUUAGGUAUGAGCAUUUUACCAAACCUGUAAGUUGUUAAAAUGCUUUGAUGAAAAUACUAAUUUGUUAUAUUUUUGUGAUGAAAACACAGACUCAUUUAAAUAAUAGAUAUCUAAUACAUGGUUCAUUAAAGUCUUGUUAUAUGAGGUAUAAUGUUGGUUUAUAAUAAUUUCAUACCAUCAUUCGAUACAAACAUAUUAUAUAAACAUUACUAAUAGAAACAAUGGUUCAUACAAAACCUACGCACAUAUUUAAAAGGCUAUAGGUCGACAGUUUAGAUUAUAAUAUUUAAAGUCAAUAAACAGUAAUAUGUUUUAUUUAAAUGUAGGAGAUUUUUAUUUGGUUGCUAUAAAAUAGGUUGCUUAUAAAAUUUAGUUAUAUAUAAUAGGUUGGACUAAAAAAUGAAAGAGUACAACAACCUUAUUUAAGUAGAUUUUUUUAAAAUGUUUCUCUUUUAAUAGUAUAGAUGUGCAAAGUAGAAUCCCUUUUUUCAUAUUGAAGCAGUAGCAGUGUCCUAAGCGCAUUCAUUACGCGUUGGAUGAUUGUAUAGCGCCUAGCCGUAUAGGCGUACGUCUAAACGGGUAUAUACGGAUAUAUACUUUUACAUGAAUAUAUGUAUAAGAUUAAUAUAUAUACAUUAUUUUUGAAAAAAAAAUGAGCAUAAAUAUAUUUUAAAUCCAAUUUUAUGUAUAAGUAUAUAGUUUUACAUAUAUAAAUAGUUUUAAAUUAUAAAUUAAAGUCAUUUUAAAUAUAUAAAGAUGAUAAAUGUAAAAUGAUUUUGCAACAAUUAUACUAAUAUCUACAACCAUAUAAAUACAUAAAAUAAGUAAAAAUAAUAUAAAUAAUAACAUUAAUAAAAUAUAAUAAUAAUAUUAAUAGUUUAUUUUUUGAAUAUUAAUGCUUAAAAUCCGUUUAGGCGUCCGCAUAAACCGCAUAAUGUCCGCCUAAACACUGUUAUUCGCCCGAAUUAUAUAACUACGCAUAAAACACUGUAUAACAUAAAAACAGUACAGUUGGCUACCGUAUAGUGCAUAAACGCCGCCUAAGCGGGCGUAUAGACCGUAUUUUAGAACACCGAGUACUAGUAAAUUUGAUUUAAAAUAGUUUAUUUUAAUAAUUGCAUUUUAAUUAUACUACAAUUAUAGUUUAUAGUAACUUUUUUUGGCAAAUAGUUUAUAGUAACUUGAAUCUUAUCCAUCUGGUGUACUUAGAUUCUACUGGAGAAGCUUUUAACUUGAGAAAAAGAUUCCAAUCAAUAUUUUUCAAACUUUGAAUCUCAUCGCUAAAAUAUUUCUAUAAAUAAGGAAAAUCUCCAAAAAAACAUUUUAUAGUUCUAGUAACUUGGAAUCUUAUCCAUUUAUUACUAUACAAUUAGAUCUGAUAGAAGAAUCUUAUCAAAUUCUGAAUCUCAACCCUAGAUUAUUAAAGCCAUUUUAAAAAUAUAAAGAUGAUAAAUUUAAAAUGAUUUUGCAACAAUUAUACUAAUAUCUACAAUCAUAUAAAUACAUAAAAUAAGUAAAAAUAAUAUAAAUAAUAACAUUAAUAAAAUAUAAUAAAAUAUAAUAAUAAUAUUAAUAGUUUUUUUGAAUAUUAAUGCUUAAAAUCCGUUUAGGCAUCCGCAUAGACCGCAUAAUGUUUGCCUAAACACUGUUAUUCACCCGAAUGAUAUAACUCCGCAUAAAACACUGUAUAACAUAAAAAUAAUACAGUUGGCUACCGUAUAGCGCAUAAACGCCGCCUAGACGGGUGUAUAAACCAUAUUUUAGAACACUGAAUACUAGUAAAUUUGAUCUAAAAUAGUUUAUUUUAAUAAUUGCAUUUUAAUUGUACUACAAUUAUAGUUUAUAGUAACUUUUUUUGGCAAAUAGUUUUAUAGUAACUUGAAUCUUAUCCAUCUGGUGUACUUAGAUUCUACUAGAGAAGCUUUUAACUUGAAAAAAAGAUUCCAAUCAAUAUUUUUCAAACUUUGAAUCUCAUCCCUAAAAUAUUUCUAUAAAUAAGGAAAAUCUCCAAAAAAAACAUUUUAUAGUUUUAGUAACUUGAAAUCUUAUCCAUUUAUUACUAUACAAUUAGAUCUGAUAGAAGAAUCUUAUCAAAUUUUGAAUCUCAUCCCUAAAAUAUUUUUAUAAAUAUGGCCAAUAUCCAAAAAAACAUUUAUAGUUUUUAGUAACUUGGAAUCUUAUCCAUUUAUUACUAUACAAUAACUGAGAAAAGCUUCCAGUCAAGAUUUUUUAGAUUCUGUUUUUUUUCAGGAAUUUAAAACAAAUUUCAUCAUUGAUCUUAUUUGAUAAAUUUAUUUUUAUUAUGAUGAAUUGUUUGGCUAAAUUUUAUUGGUUAGCUGAGUUAUUAAGUAAAUUUGUUCAAUUUAGCAUAUUCUUCAUUUAUGGAUUAAGAUACAAUCAUACAACUGUGGCUCUUAGUCUUACUAAACAAUUGAAUAUAUCCAAUUUGUAUAUUAUCUUACUAAUAAUGGCAAGUGUAGAAAAAGACAAAACUAUCCUCUCUCCAUUUAACACCAAUUACUUUUCACCUUCCAACAGAUAACCAUUAAAAACUCAAAAGCAAAAAUCAUAUUCCUUGAAUAUUCUCUGAACUACGAAUAACACAAAU